AUGGCCUUGAAACUCCCUCAAUUAAUUCUCAUUCUUCUCCGGUUCUCUCUCUUCUUCUUCCUGUUUCAUGAAUUCUACCGCUUAAAGUACUCCAAGAUCAUCAACGACAAACACAUCGCCACCAAUAUGAGCCAUUCGUCAUCAUCGCUCUCUCCUCACCCUUUGAUCAGCAGCAGAAAAGUUCUAGCCAGCAAAUUUGACUUCACGCCGUUCGUAAAACAACAUCAACGACGACAUGAUGAUCAGCAGCAUGGGCACCACCGGAAACGUUCAGCUAAGGCGCAGCAGGAGCCGGCUGGUGAGAGCGAGAUUGAUCCGCGUUAUGGGGUUGAAAAGCGUCAUGUCCCCACCGGUCCGAACCCAUUGCACCAUUGA